AUGGUAAUUAAGCGUAAACUUAGAAACUCGAGUUCAAAUACUUCUGUUCCUGUACCAGAAGUUAAACCCGAGGAAAUAACAACGCCCAGUCCUACACCCUUGAAGGUUGAACGACGCGGGAGACCACGUAAACCUGAUAAUGGCGAGGAAAUAAUUAACGAAAAACCUCUUAAAGUUUCUCGUACAAUCGAAAAUUUUAAAAUUAUUACUUUUAAUCCUAAAGGUACCUCCAGUGGUAAAGGCAAGGAAAAAGAGACAACUUGCUCUCCUACAGAACUUUCUUCAGAACCCGCCUAUAAUGAACCAAUACCGCAAUACGAUUCUAACUUUGUGGAAGCUCCAGAAGGUAAUAUUUUACAAAAUCCAAAGAAUGCGCGACCACGUAAAUGGAUACGAAGAAAAGUAGUUAUUAAAACCACCGGAGCCGAAAUAGCUGUUCCAGUGUGGUACUCAAUCCAGGUCUCACUAUUCGCUAUCCGUAAUGUCUCAAAGCCAAUUCAAAUGUGUUUUCCAAGAGAAGCACUUUGUUCUUCCUCACUUUCUAAUCAAAUUCAUCUUAACAAUUUUAACCAACUUACUUCCCAAGUAAUUAUUUUUCAGAAAAAUGAAAUAUGGGAUGAAUCUAACAUUUUAGAACGUCUUUAUUAUAAAAAUAAAAAUCAACAUCAACGUUCCAUAUAUUUUCGUAAGAUCGUCGAGAUAAGAAGAAUUUUAAAAAGAAUUAAAGAGAUGGAGAUUAAUGAAUUGAUGUCUGGAUUUAUAGGAAAUUUUUACAGUACAAAAAUCGGAAAAACACAAAAUACGUGGGAUCAAGUUCCAUCUCAAGAAAUGGUAGUUUUCGUAAUGAAUCGAUUAAUUUGCGUAGCGUUAUUAAUGAAUAAGGCUUUGGACACGUUCAUCGACGCUUUCGAUACUUUUAACGCGCUCCUCCGCCAAACUGAAUUCAUGUCAUUUGCCUUGACGUGUCUGGCAAUCCUUGCAAGGUUAAAUAUAUUAACUCGUGUAUUGCUUGAAGAAAUUAAAAAAUGCUAUGGAUUGCUGAGGAAUUGGUUUGAAUCUUUUCCGCGAUCUUCGACCAGUCAGACAGAUUUUGAUAACGAAAUUAACAAAUUACCUGAAUGUUUAUAA